AUGAUUCAUAAAUGGGCAAAAGGUUUUUGUUGGGCUACAAAUCUCAAGUUCGGAGAAAUAGUGAAUGUCAAUCUCGUGCGAGAUCGAAAAAGUGGGAAGUCGCGUGGAUUUUGCUUUAUUUGUUAUGAGGAUCAGAGAUCAACAAUUUUAGCUGUUGAUAAUUUUAAUGGCAUCAAACUUUUAAAAAGGACUAUACGGGUAGACCAUGUGGAAGAGUAUAAAAUCCCACAAUACAAAGAACAGUUAGAUGCGGAGACACUCCGGAUUUGGGAAGAAGGCUGCGCUCCAAAACCGAUAAAAGCCCUUCUCAAAGAAGAAGAUUCAGAAGAAGAUGAUCCAGUUGCUAAACAAAAAGCACGAGGCAAAUUUGAUGAAGAGGGUCUACUACAACUGGAUGCUGAUUUGGAGAAAAAAAUGAGGAAGGAUUUGAAGAGGGCAAUGAAAGAAAAGAAGAAGCUGAAAAGAGCAAAGAAGUUGGCAAAAAGUGCUGGCGAGGAAGUUGAAGAUGAUGCGAAUGAAGAUUCAUGGAAAUCAAAGGGGAAGUUGAUCGAUAGUGCUGCGGUGGACGUCGAUAGCCUUUACAAUACGAAUGAGCAUUUCAACUUUGGUAAACCUAAACAGGAGAUACCUCCUCCACCAACUCAUAACUUGAGGCCCGAUUUUGAGAAGGCAGAUUGGCGUGAAAUUGAAAUUUACAAAACUGUCAAGGAGAAGGAACGGCUUGAGAAAGGCGAGAAGCAGAGUAACUGGAAGGAGGAAGAACAUUAUCUUCCAAAAAGGUUUCAUAAAGACGAGUGA